AUUUCUUGUCCCAUACCUAAUAAAACGGGAAUAAUUCCACUAGUUUAUGAGAACCAUGGUUCAUAUUGAAGAGUCGCUCCAGCUCCCCAGAGACUUUGAGGGUUUUGGAGAGGAGGGCUUUGACCCAAAGUGGCCAAAUGGUGCCCAAAUUGCCGUAUCGUUUGUCUUGAAUUAUGAGGAUUUCCCGGUGAUCUGCCGGAUCUGGUGAUUCGCCGGACUUACACCUACUUGCAUUCCAGACAUCAAUCUAUAAUAGCUCCACAGCC